UAGGAGUAGCAUUUUUUGCAGCGGCAGCUUGAGCGACGCAUGCAGGCGGUGGAGUAGUAAACUACGUGUAGAUGCGCUGGAGAUGAUGCAAUUUGUGCCCACUGUGAUAGUCAGGGCGCAUAGAAAGGCAGUACACGGAAACCAGAAGAAGUUUUGGUGAGAAAUAACUGUGAGCGGUGGAAUCUUUCUAAUUUGUUGCAACGGCGCUGUCCUGUGAGAGAGGAUUGUUAGUUUGGGCGCAGGUAGAGGGCAGCAUGAUGCUCGUAAAGAACACGCCUACAGCAGCUCAGGUUCGGUGUUGCUAUUUCCUGUCAGCAGCACCUUGGGUGCAUCGUCCCUAGCCAGUCGUACUGGGAAGCCAGACGCCUUGUGCUUGUGCGCUCUCUAUUUCCCUCUCCACGAACCUUUCUCCGCUACAGUGAAGGAGUAACAAAUAGAAGAGGAAAUGACAUUGUCCAACUUAACCAGCGCAUCAGCUGGCGAAGCAAGUGUGUCGUCAGGUAACCGUACAGAUGGCACCAAUACUGGGAUGCUACCGACAUCAUCCACCCCAGCCACCCCCACUGUCACCACCGUUACGGUCUCGAGUGGUCAGCCUCUUGCUGUUGCUGUCAAACGCAAGCGGAAUCUGCCAGGUACUCCAGACCCGGAAGCCGAGGUGAUAGCUUUAUCACCAAAGACAUUGAUGGCCACGAAUCGAUUCGUGUGCGAAAUUUGUAACAAGGGGUUUCAGCGAGAUCAAAAUCUGCAGUUACAUCGGCGCGGUCACAACUUGCCGUGGAAGCUGCGGCAACGGACCAGCAAGGAGGUUCGCAAGCGCGUCUACAUCUGCCCUGAGCCCUCUUGUGUGCAUCACGACCCGUCGCGUGCUCUGGGCGACUUGACUGGAAUCAAAAAACACUUUUGCCGAAAGCACGGUGAGAAGAAGUGGAAGUGUGACAAGUGCUCUAAGAGAUACGCUGUUCAAUCCGACUGGAAGGCCCACUCUAAGACUUGUGGUACUCGAGAGUACCGCUGCGAUUGUGGGACCUUAUUUUCCAGGCGUGACAGUUUUAUUACCCACCGAGCGUUCUGUGAUGCUCUGGCAGAAGACAGUGCUCGAGUAUCUGCAGGAAAGCAAGGUGGUGGACAACCUGAUAGCCUCCUAGGUUCAGGUUCGUCAUCCAUGUCAGUCAUAGGUGCUCCUUCCUCUCCUCACGUGAAUAAUGUGGGUCGUAUGAAUGGGGAACCUUUGGCUUCCAUGGUUCCGUUAGCAAGUAGACCUGGUGGUAUGCCACAGUCUAUGGUGGGUUUGAGUGAUCUUGGUGAGAGUUGCCACCCUCUGUUGCCUCGUUGGGGUGCAACCUCUGGUUCUGGUCCUGCCUCAAAGACUGGCACUGGAUUGUCGCUCUGGUUAGGACCUGGCCCUGGUCCUGGUAAUCAGCAGCAGAUGCAUCAGCUGCUACCAGGAUCGGAUGGAAAUUCUUCGUUUUUAAUGCAGGCUCACAAAGGCAUGCAGGGUGGUGCAGGUCUGCCUGGAAUGAUGAACACACUCGACUACGAGAUGCCACAGGCACCUCGACAUUCAAGUGGUCACCUUCCGUUGACACCCUCUGGAAGCCUGUUCGCCCACUUGCUUGCAUCUGGAAAUGGACAAGGACUUCAAGCAUCAAGUUCAUCUCAAAGUGGAGCUACUACUGGGAUGGAUAUAUCAGGAUUCUCAGAUUUUUCAGCAGCGGGAGCUAACCGUAUAGAUAGUGGAUCAGCCACCGCAGGGUUGUCCUCGACUUCCUCAGCUGGAAUGGCAAGCAACGCUUCUUCAAGGAGCACCAAUGGAGGUGGAAACCUUUCCUCAGUGUCACCACUUUUUAAUCCUCAACAUCAGCAACAGCAGCACACUGCUUCUGCUCAGAUGUCUGCAACAGCUCUACUGCAGAAAGCUGCUCAAAUGGGUGCAACUGCCAGCAACACCUCUCUAUUCCGAGGAUUUGGGCAAGGUGGCACAGAUUCAGACUCCAUGGGCAUCUGGCAGGGACAACGCCAAGAGCAGCAACCGCAGCAGCAACACCUGGCGCAGCAGCAGUCUCAAUCACAAUCCCAGCCACAACAACAUCAGCAUCAGCAGCAGGGAAGGACAGGUGAUCUUCCACUUAACAACAUGUCCAACAUGGGAAACCAACCAUUAAUGAGGCGGCCAGGUGAUUUGCAGAGUGUUUCACAAGGGCUGGGCGGCUCGUCGUUAGGGCAGACCAACAACUUUGGGGGAGUUCAAGGGAGACUGUCAGAGAGUUCCACUAACGUGCAAGACUUCAUGAACUCUUUAUCUGGAGGGGCUGGAAUGUUCGGAGGACCGUUUGGUAGUAUGCCCUCCAUGUUUGGACCUAGUUCUACAAACAUGGGAGGAAUGCUGCCACCCAGUACUCAUCGGAUGUCUCCGAGUGACGUUCUCGCUGGUAGUACGUUCCCUGGAGGAGGGCAAGGUGUGUUUCAAGGCAUGAGUUCUUCUUCAUCCUUGUUGCCAGGUCUUGGUGGUUCUUCUAGAGUGGAGAACGAUAGCAGCGACAGGUUCACGCGUGAUUUUCUGGGGGUGGGAGGAGCUUCGGGGAUUACAGCUGCUGGUGGAGGGAUGGGGCGUACUCUGUCACCGCGAGAUUUGGCUAGGAUCACAUCGCUAGGUCCAGGGGUAGACCUCGGCGUCUUCUUUAACCAACGAGAGAAUUUGCGAUCCGUGAAUGCUAGCGGUCAUUCUCCUGGGAAGUCAUGGGACCCCUCCACCUAGUGUGUGUGUUUUUUCCCUAUCUGGGUCUAAGCACUGUGGAGUGUGUGUGUGUGUCUCUUUCCCUGGUCAAGCAGAUUUUCUCGGUGACAGAUGCAAUUUUGAUUACAAUUAUUCAGUCCUUUUUUUUUUUCUUUUUUUUUUCCUUUUUUUUUCUCUUUGUAAUACAUGGCCGUCAAGGAGUGGCUUUUUGCAUAUGGGUGUUCCUCCCCUUCCUGCUUCAUGAGAAGGAUGUUGCGCAUGCCAUUUUGAUUGAGCAGCUCUUCGGUUCAGCUACUGAGUUGUAAUAUAGCCCCAUUCAGUUCUGCGAGUUUUUUCAGGCCAUUCCGUUGGGCUAGCUUAUGGCGCUAUUGGGGUCUUUUUUCUUUUUUCUUUUCUUUUUCUCUACCAUGUAACAAUUUUCUGCCCACAAUUAUAUGCUUUUUCAUUUCCUGGAA